GUGUGGAGCUUGGUUGAUCAUGGCAACCUUCCUCAAAGACCUUGUGAAUCACACGGUAUCUGUGACGACGAAUGACGGCCGGAACAUCAUUGGUGUGCUGAAAGGAUACGAUCAGUGCAUCAACGUGAUCCUCGACAACAGCUUCGAACGUGUGUACUCGAUGAGCGACGACGUUCAAAUCGAGAACCUUGGCUUGUUUAUCGUUCGCGGGGACAACAUGUACAUGCUUGUACACGUCUUCCACGGACUACUGUGUAACCGAGUGCAUGUAGCGCCAUCAUUGGAGAAGUCCCCGACAACAUCAAAGAACAAUCUCAAGACGACACAUCCCGCGCCCCACCCAUGAAACCCGUGACGCAUUAAAUGCCACCGAUUCCGCGUUAGACCAGCUCCCCACCCACCCAUUUAUUUUUGCUUCCCCAAGAACGUCGUUCCCUAGCUAAAUAGGAUUAAUAAGUUAGCUCCAUUCCGCGUUACGACAUCA